GCAAAGCUAACGACGUACGUGUUGUUAAAAGAUGAAGCCGCCAAUUUUUAAACAUCGCAUUAUGGUGUUGGGUUGGUUAAACUGACGAGUUUAGGGGAACCCAUCUGACGAGUUUAGGGGCGCUCCGUUGUCCCGGGUAACGGCUGCAGUUUUAUCGUUGGACCCGAGGCUCAAAACGGGACGUUUCGGUAAAAAGAAUCCGAAAGGGACCGAGGCUGCUGAGAGGUUAUGUUGCUGAUUGGUGAGAAGGGAUGGGUCGACCUUAGUGACAAACUCGAAGCUGGAGCUGUGAACUGAAAGUUAUGCCUGUCUUUUUGAAGCAUUUCACUACACCGGCCAUGCAAAUAUCCUGCAGAUUGGUUUCAAGUUACGUCAGUCGGAUGCGCUACUUGCUUGAACUGAAGGAGGAUGAUGAAGCCUGCCGGAAAGCGCUGAGCUCUGGAGUAUUUCUUCUCUUUCACAGUUUCUCACCCUUGUUGCAAAGGAGUGAGAGCAAGUAUAUGGCACCGUUUGUGAUGGCCUCAGAACUGAAUGGCAUUCUCCACAUACUGGAUCAGAAGGAGAAGUAUAAGGAACAGUCAGUGCUGAUUAGCUGUACAGAGAGUCGUGUGCCACAAUUUGCCCUAGAUCUAGGUAAAAUUGAAAAAGCCAGAACCGAAUCGGUUCUGAAGGGAACAUUUGUUGAUUUACGGAAAGCCUUCUUCCUCUUGGAUGGAAAGGAUGCACCUUUACUGUCAAAGGCACAGGGUCUUCUCCGCUGGCACAGCACACAUCUCUAUUGCAGUAGAACUGGACGUCGGACACACAAGAAUAUGUCAGGCAGUAAACGUAUCUGUAGCUCAGAAGAAAUAACCUACUACCCGCAGGUGUCUCCUGUAAUUAUUGUGCUGGUGUCUGAUGGAGCACACUGCCUGCUGGCACGUCAGAAGUUAUUUCCCCCUGGAAUGUACAGUGCCCUGGCUGGAUUCUGUGAUAUUGGGGAGACUGUGGAGGACUCAGUGCAACGGGAGGUUGCCGAAGAAGUUGGUUUGAAUGUAUCCUCCCUAGAGUAUUCUGCAUCUCAGCACUGGCCCUUUCCCAACAGCUCACUGAUGAUUGCUUGCCAUGCAAUGGUGCAACCAGGGCAGAACAAGAUUGACCUGAACCACUCGGAGCUUGAGGCUGCUCGCUGGUUUGAUGCUAAGGAGCUAACGGAAGCUUUAAAACGUAAGCGGAUGCCCACCAAGAAAGAAAUGGGAGAUGUUCCAUUUUGGAUCCCACCACCGUGGGCUGUAGCACAUCAACUAAUCAAGGAAUGGACCGAAAGUCAGCAGCCAUCCUGAAAUUUUUCAAUUGGUGUAUUUGUCGGAUUGUUUGCUGCGUAGAAACUAUUUCUUUCUCAUUUGAUUUAUGUGCUUGGUCAGGUAUUAAUGAAGUAGCUGUAAAACCCAACAAAUGUUCAUUGUAUCAGACUUUUCUUCUAUAACAUUUAUAAACCGGAAUAGGUGUCUUCUAUGUAUAACAGGGGAUAUAGGAGAUUAUCACAAAGUGAUCACUGCAUUAAGGCAUUAUUGAUAUGGAUCCUAUUGAAAUCAUUGGCAUCAUCAGAGCAUUAUGUGCUUAUUUUAAAAGAUACAUCCUGAGAUUUGUGUUUAAAAAGUGUUUUACGCUUGGUAUUUUCCCAGAAUAGAUUUCCUUUUUAAAAACCAAACUGAAUAAGUCCCUGUUGUCUUCAAGUCAAAUCAGACUGCGGGAUAUGGGAGCUCUAUCAGAAUAUAGAAAAUCUGAAAUGAGGUAAGGGAAUGUUGCUAAAAUCUACAUAAAUUUCUACUUUAUAACUUUAAUUUCUUGAAGUUUGAGGAUGGUUGUUUCAAAAGAAUGCUGGCAAUAUUCAGGUAAAUAAUGUUAAUGUUAAAUAAUGUUAAAAUCAUUUCCCAAAGUCCACCCACAAAGGAAUUAAGUUAAUUACAGGCAGCAAGGUGACUCUGCUGCCUCACAGUGCCAGAAACCUGGGUUCAAUUCUAGCCUUGGGCAACUCUGCUCAUUCCACACAGGCAUUCUCCCUGUGUCUGCAUGUGUUUCCUCCCACAGUCCAAACAUGUACAGGUUAGGUGGAUUGGUCUUGUUAAACUGCCCCUAGUUUCCAAGGAGGUGUAGCCAUGGGGAAUGGAAGCAUUAUAGGGAGGGGCUGGGUCUGGGUGCGAUGCUCUUUGGAGGGUUGCUGUGGUCUCUGGGCCAAAUGGCCUGCUUCCACACUAUGGGGAUUCUGUGAUUAGAAACCUGAAUCAUUGAAAAAUAUACAAUUGGAGUUGAUCAUCUUUUGUAUUAUAUAGACUGAAUAGCAAUGCACACAACUUAAGCAAUUAAAUCCAGUUACAUUGAAUUUCAUUGAAAUAUUUAAGCAACUAUUAGUUGUUACAAUUUUUGAUAUAUUUAACAAUUAUACUCUUGACAAUGUUUGCACAUUUCAGUGCCUCAGUGUUGGACUUGAUGAAUCACUUCUAUCCAUUAAAUGCAUUCUGUGCAUUUUAAGGCUUUAUGUGUGGGAAAUUGUCUCACUAACGUGAUUGUUUUUUUUUGAAGAAGUAAUAAAGAGGAUUGAUGAGA